AUGGCGGCCUCCUCCUCGGCAAGCUAUGCUGGCCUGAUGUCUAGCUUGACCUUUCUUGAUGAGGCAUGCCUUCGACAAUAUAGUCCUGAACAACUACUCAAUCGAAUGUUGUCUCUGAAGUCCUACAUUCAUACAAAAAAAAACCAGGCGGGAUACCACCUUCCCGAGCUCGAGGGCUUUACGCAAGUAGGGAAGGGUCAAUGUGGUAGUGUUUGGGCUUUUCCUGACACAACCAAGGUCUUGAAGGUCAUGAACAAGGGCAAGGAAGACCAGCUGCACAACGACUACUGCAACCAUGCUCGUAUAGAAGAGGCUUUUCGGCAGACCCUUUCGAGCUUCAGACGCAACAUCAGCCUACCCAAGUUAGGCCCCUGGGUUGGACCUGGCAAUGAGAUGUUCUGGGAGGAACACCGUAGCCUGUUUGUUCCAGGAGAUUCAGUCCAGCCCACGAGUGGCUUUGUCUCUGAACGAAUCUUUCCGGUUCAAGGACCAGUUCGGUCUGCCAUUGUUGACGCCUUCGCACCUAGGGAUGUGAAAAGAAAUAAGAAGGCUUUCUUGUCGCACCAAGAAAACCAGGAUUGCUUGAUCCGUAUAUAUCUUGGACGGAGACAAAAUCGACAGACAACGAACACCUUCAGACUCCGCAAUUUCGACAUGACAGUGAACGAGAUGGAAUUCCUGCAACUUGACACCGUCCUGUACGCGGAAAUUCUGGCACAGAUGUUAGCAAUCAUCCACUGGAAGGCGAAUCUUGAUGCCAAUGAUGUGGAAUUUGUGUUUGGUGGCGCCCCUGUGCACAAGGAACUGCCUACCGCCGCAGAGCUGCAGGCAACCGCCAUCGCUGACAUUGGAAAACUCAUGUCUCCAAUUGACUUCCAUCAUCGAUCCAUCGGCAUUUGGGUUUUGGACUUCGACCAAUGCAAGGAUUUCUCGGCUGAUAUGGAUGGUGUCAAACAACUCGAACGGGGGUUUUAUUUCAAUGACCCUUACUACCCUCGUCCAGUCUCCGAGCACCCAAACGACGUCGCCUUGUGGAAGACCUUCAAGGAAUGCUACCUAGCCACGAGCGCUGCUUUCACCACUAGUGACAUGCCACUGCAAUUCAUCGAUGCGGUCGAAGCGGAAGGGAGGAAGAGGAGGGCUGGUGGCUCCCUGUUCAAGUGA